GACGGCUUAUGAAAGCUCGACGUGGGGCUAGAUUUUGACGCUGCGAUUGUGUUGGCUGAGCUCGGCUGGAAUGUUUGGGCGCAAAGGAUAAUUGUUGUAGAACAUUCGAUUCAAAGAGUUAUAAAAAUAAAAAGGAAUCCCGAAAACAGCUUCAAAAAUAUUCAACAACACAAUUUCAAGAAAAAUCAAGAGGCACAGUCGCGACUCCUUUUCACGUUAUCGCCAGCAUGCCGAUAAACUAUAGCAAAUGGGAUGCACUCGAGUUGAGCGACGACUCAGACGUUGAAGUUCAUCCCAAUGUUGAUAAGCGCUCUUUCAUCCGAGCAAAACAAAAUCAGAUUCAUCAGCAGAGGUAUGAGAGAAAGAAUAAGAUAGAUACCUACAAGUAUGAGCGAAUCGUCAACGAUGGGCUUCUCAAGAGGAUAAACGCUCUUCUUGUUGCGUUAAAAUCUUACAGUCCUCAAACUGAUAAGCGUCCGGAUGAUCUUGCAUUUCAAGCAUUGAUGGAAUCAACUGGCGAAGAUGACUCUCCACCUCCACCUCCAGAAGGGGUGCAUACUCAUGUCAAGGAGGCCCCGCCAACAUACUCUAAGAUGAUGGCGGCGCUUAUUGACCAAGUUAAAACAAAGGUCGACGAGGACAAACCAGAAAAUCGAUUCGAGGCGUAUCUCGCCGAAAUCAAAGUACAUCAAGAAAAGGUUGAGGACCUUCAAAAACAACUUGCGGUGGAACUAGAGACUUUAGAGAAAGAGGAGGGCAAGAAGAUCACUAGUGAGAGUAUACAUACUGGAUUUGACAGCUCCUUUGUAGCAAAGGCAGACCCAAAACCAACGACCACAGAAUCGAAGCCCAAAGAGAAGGUUCAAGCUGUAGAAGUCCUGAAUCCUCAUGCCCUCGCCAAUAAGGAUGGCGCGAAGCUCGGCGAACAAUCCUCGGGAGCCGAUGCAGACGUUGAUGAAGAUGAAGAGGAAGAAGAUGAUGACGUAGAGGCGAGCGAGCUUGGAAAGAAAUUUGCACAAAUCAAGAUGGGUGACUAUCGUACAUGUCUUCAGUAUAUCUCCUCAAACCCGUCAGUACUAGCAGAAAGAGAAACCGAUGGCUUACUUGUUUUGGCAUUUAACUCUGCAAUCGCAGGUAAGGAUGACUAUGCUAGGCAAUGUGUUCACCAAGCUCUAUUGCUUCAAUACUGCAGAGCCCUAGGAAAGGAUGGUGUUGGCUUGUUCUUCAAGCGCAUCACUACUAAGGGCCACCAAGCCCAAAAGGUCUUCUUCGAUGAUGUCAACUCAACAUUUGAUAGAGUCCGUACUAGAGCUAGGGAAAUACAGAAACAGAGAGCAGCUGAAGAGGGUACCGAAGGCGGAGUUGAGCAAAUCCAACUUCAUGCUGUUGAUCCUGGCACCACUAUUAACAUUACUGUUCCACCUGCAACGAGUGAGGAUCCAGAGGUAAUCAAAUCGAGAGAGCUAUUUGAUGCAUUUCCUCCUGGAUUGCAACGAGCUCUGGAAAGCGGUAGCCUGGAUGAAGUCAACAAGGUAUUGGGCAAAAUGAGCGUGGAACAAGCCGAAGAAGUUGUAGGCCAGCUCAGCGAGGGCGGUAUGUUACAACUUGAGGAACAAAUCAUUGAUGCUACAACCGAAGAAGGCCAGGCUGCAUUGAAGGAAUUUGAGGAACAGGAAAGACAAAGAGCUUUGGAUGAGAAUUAUGGUGAUCCAGAAUAAUUGUCUGUGAACCAGGGGAAGGGGUAGAUGGUGAAGGAAUUAACGAAAUGAUAUGAAAACGAAACACGUCGUGCGAUUUAAAAGAAUAGCUUGAAACCAGCAAUGGUAUUAUAACUUUCUCAAUGAGUAAAUAGUAAUCACAUUUCAAAGUCCA